GACACCUCUGUAUGUGUGCGGGGCUACGUUCGCUUCUGAUGAAAAUAAAUGAAAACCACCAACUGAGCGCCCCGUGCACUCGGUAACGUGGGUCCGGAUCGAAGCGCAGCGAAUUUUGCACAGUCGAAAGCACAGGGCGCACCAGAGGUUCGGUAGAUCCAGUGUGUGUGUCUACAGCCCGGUGGUUGCCAGCGCAGCAAAGGGUGCAGUGUGUGUGCGUGCGUGCGUGCAAGCGUGGGUGUUUUUUUGUGUUAGCUUUGUCCAUCUAAUCACUUGCCGAGCCUGCAAAAGCGAGCAGACUCGCAAGAACGUGCAAACCUCUCGGGGCUGGCCAGGUCAGAGAGCCAGCAAAUGCCAUUAAAAACGAAGAAUAAAAUUGGUAGAGUGAAGCGGCGCACCCGGUAACUGCAGGUGUGCCUCCGCCCAAAAUCCCGGCCGUACCCACAAUACCCGUUCGUCCCAUUCGCUCAGACGGGAUGGGCAGGCUCUAGCUGUAAAAAAAACUGCUCGUGGUUCCGGUCAUCUACAAGUGCAUGUUCCCCCCGGUCUCCUGAAUGUUUGCUGUUAUGUUUUGUACCGUUGUACGCCGCCUCACUCGUUCCGUUGUUGCGCCUGCACCUGGACAAUUCAAGCAAACUCAACCACCUCUAUCUAUCAACGCAAAAACGCAUCUCAAACGGGCACGGCGUGGCAGCAACUCCUAAACGAGUCACCCGGGCGUGAGUGAACGCUAUGUGUGUUAAGCAGUCAGAAAAGAAGACACCGGUUACACCCUCGCCAAAUGCGUACAUCGUCAUUCGAUUGCAAAUUAAGACAAAUGGAAAAUAGAAUCAAACUAACAAAAAGCAACAAACCUGCAAAAACCAACAAGCAUAACCGAAAAACACCAUUAUAAAACAUUAAACCGUAACGUUUCAAUUUGAUGAGCAUUAUUAAUAUCUACAGAGUCGUGUGACAGGCCCCGGCAGCACCAAACUGACAAAACUGAUAACGGAAAAGCAAAUAAAAUUUACUAGAAAAUAAAUGACAUGCUAAUAAUCGUAUACACCUAAUCUAACAAAUCAAACAGAUAAAUGGCAUGAAGAGCUAAAAUAAUUUAGCGAACCAAAAGCAAACAACAAAUAAAAAAACAACAAACAAAAGCAAAAUCUUAAUUACACAAGGGAAAAUAAAGCAAAUAACAAGACGCUCGUAAAGCAAAUAAUUAUUUCAGGAAAUCAGGCACUAGCACAACACAGUGGCUAAAAAAUGGGCGCUUAAAAUAUAUAUAUAUAUAUAUAUAUUUAUAUAUAUAAAUACAAACAUACCUAGACAUACAUCUAGUGGAAAUAUCGGAGGCAGCGUGUUACACCGAGGCCAAGGGUAACAUCGCGGAAGGAGGAGAAGCGCCUCAAAUCGUACCGCAACAAAACUACAAGCAGAAAAGCAAUAAUCCUAACAAAAAGCAACCAGUAUAGGUUUAUCAAAUGACUCACCUAUUUUCGUGUUGCAAAAAUCUUUGAAGUAAACGUAUACUCCUACCAUCAAUCCCUCUUGUAAUACCAUUCCUCAUCGUGGUGACGGUGAGCAUUUUUCACAUUGGGUCGUGUUUUCAAACAGUCCAGUUCAAAGAUAUUAUAACGACGAUACUAAGAAGAGUGAGAGAGAUUGAGUGUGUGUAAAAGAUAAAGAGAGACAGUGAGAGGCAGAGGGAGAGAAAAAGAGAGAGAGAGAAAGAUAGAGAGAGAGAGAGAGAGUGAAAAAAGUGACAGUUGAUUUAUCGACUACCUGUCAAUCCGGUACCCAGUAGUGCGAGAUUCAGUACUGUUGCUGUUUAGUGUACCGUCUACCUACUAAGGCUCUUAAUGUGCCAUACGUUUAGGUUUGUGUGUUUAUAAAGUGCGAUCGGUAGCUGCUUCGGAACAAUGAGCGGUGAGCAAGUGUGACGCUUGCAAUGCAAUAAUCGCAACCCGAACUAACCUCAUCAAACGGUUGUAAAACCGAUGGCGACCGCUUCCAACGCAUAUACUGCUUCGUGCCAAUGCGUAGGAGCUGUUGGUCCGUGUGCGCGUCCAAGCGAUCGCAGUUAGUGUCCAUGCGGUGCGCGGAUCCGUGUAUUCGAUCGCGUCCGGUGUCGUGUGCGCGAUGAGGAUUGCAGCAGCCGGACAAGCGGCUAGCAAGUGUGCGCAGUGCGGUGGCAGGUAGUGCCUAGAACGAUCGAUCGCAUUGCCGAUCGAUACUAGCACACGCGACGCACACAAAAUACGAUCAAGGAGCGACGCGAAGUUCGGUGGUUUGUGCGUGAGUGAGUGUGUGUGUAUGUAUGUUCAAGAUAGUCACUCUUUCACACUAGGUCGCAAUCAAAACUCCACUCAUUCAGCUCACUAUUCGACAGCGCGAUAGACAACCACGAGAGGGCGACAGAGCCUAAAUAUAUACACCAAGCAAACAUUCUCAGCAACCAACCAGUACCUAGACAUAUAGAAAGAGACAGAGUGUGAGAGAGAGAGUGAAAAAAGGAACAUAAAACAAACAGUUAAUCUCCACACUUGAGUGAAAGCCGUUCUGACCUAUAUGUACGUGUGUGUGUACGUGUGAAUGUAUGUACAGUUUCGUUUGCAUUCAAAAGUGUCGUGGUAAAUUGCACUCCGGAUCCUAACCCCCGCACACAUCCGUUGAGUCUAGUGUGCGCAUACACACCUGUAAACAGUGACAGUUGUUCGACCCCAACGGGGUGCUGUGGUUCAACGUGCGAACUAUACGUGCUGUAGGACGUGAGUAGAAGUGUGGGGUUCGGUGAUCGUUCCAUCGUCUGACACGGGAAGCAACACACCCAGAGAGUGUCGCGGAAAAAUGUCGCUUGAAGAUUUGUGGUUUCACCGGUACCUGCCGCUUAGUCGGUGCGCGUCAACAACCGGACAGAGGAACAUUUCUCGGCGGCCGUCGUCAUCGUCGUGGUUACUGCUGAUCACACUAAUUUUGAUCAGCGCCCCUGGAAGACUACAGUCAUCAGCAGCAGACGAUCGGGGACUUCACAAACGAGAAGCUGACUACACUCUGGAUGAUUCAUUCUGGAAUGAGGAAAGCCCAGUAGGUGAGGUCGAGCGUUUACUGAAGGAGCACCAGCAAAACCAGGAGCUAGUGGAUAAGAUCGGUAGCAGCUACUACCAGAUCAUCUAUCCCGUACAGCUGCGCCAUCAUGAGAAGAUGGGCAUCUCGACGCGAGAAGUUAACCAGCCAAAGUUUCCACAGCGUGGCUAUGACGGUAGCUACUCCGGCAGUGGCGGUGGCCGUGGUCGAUCGAGGACUGGGAAGCAUUUUCAUCGAACAUCACUUUUGAUAAAAGCUUUUAACCAUAAAUUUCGAUUAGAUUUGGAAUUAAAUACACAAUUACUAGCUCCCAACAUUGUACAGAAGCACUAUCUACCUAGCGGGUUCGCUCAGGAUUCACAUCGAGAAAUUGAACACUGCUACUACCACGGUACGGUUAAAGACUAUCCGGGAGCUAGUGCAGCCUUCCACACCUGCAACGGUGUCAGCGGUGUGAUACACGUCGGUAAUGAAACGUUUGUUAUUCAUCCAUUUUACGGAGGUGAUUUAUCGAAACAUCCACAUGUUAUAUUUGAAGCACGUACAAAAUCAAAUAAAGGCUGUGCGAAUUCUGGCAACCUCGAGUGGAGGACGCGAUCGAUACGCCGCGGCAGCAGCCACCAUGCCGGGUUAGUGGAGCUGAUUGAUCGCAACGGUGCUGGCCGGUACAGGCGGGAUGUGCGCGAAACCACCAAGUACAUCGAAACGGCCCUCAUUAUCGACAAGGCGAUGUUCCAGAAGCGCAACGGCAGCACCCGGACAGAGGUGGUCCACGAUGCCAUACAGGUGGCGAACAUUGCUGAUCUGUACUUCCGUACUCUGAACACACGCGUGUCCGUUGUAUAUAUCGAAACAUGGCAGGGCCAAAACCAGGCCCAAAUCGACGGAGGCAAAGAUAUUAGCAAAGCAAUAUCCAAUUUUAACGACUAUACAUCUAGGAAUUUGUAUAAAAUAGAUAAAGAUACGACCCAGCUGCUGACUGGCGAGACAUUCGCCGGCGGUGAAGUUGGCAUGUCCGUUCCGGAAACCGUGUGCACACCGAAGGCUGUUGGCAUAAGCGUAGACAUGAAUCCUUAUGAACCGCAUCUGCUCGCCGGAACGAUGGCGCACAUGAUAGGACACAACAUUGGCAUGGGUCACGACGAUAAUCGUGACGAAUGCAUCUGUCGCGACUGGCACGGUUGCAUUAUGUCGCAAUCGAUUGUCGGUCUGGAGAACGUACAGCCGUACAAGUUUUCCGAAUGCAGUCGACUGGAUUACAUCGAUGCGUUGCGCAUCGGACACGGUCUCUGUUUGUUGAACAAACCGAAUGAGGUGGAGCUUCGUAAGAACUGCGGCAACGGGAUCGUGGAGGAUGACGAGGAGUGCGACUGUGGCAGUGCGCUCGAUUGCGACAAGACGGAUCCGUGUUGUGACGGCAUCACGUGCAAGCUAAAAAAGGAGUCCCAGUGCGCGACUGGGCCCUGCUGUGAUAAAUGUAUUCUAAAGCCUCCGGGCGUCAUAUGCCGCGAUGCGCACAACGAGUGCGACCUACCCGAGUACUGCAAUGGCGAGUCUGGCCAGUGCCCGCCCGAUGUACAUAAGAAGAAUGGCAACCCGUGCGGCAUGAACUCUACCGGCUUCUCUACAGGUUACUGCUUCAAUGGUGUUUGCCCUACACAGGCCGCCCAGUGCGAGCGAAUCUGGGGCUACAGCGGUACUGGUGCCGAUCGAGUGUGCUACGAACAGUUCAACUCGAAGGGCUCCAUCAACGGCCAUUGCGGCAAGGACGGCAAUGGCAACUACAUCAAAUGCGAGCCAGAGAAUAUUCAGUGUGGUUCGCUCCAGUGCAAGGAUGGCGACCGUACGCCAGUGGAGGACUGCUGCGAACAUUUGUACUCGCGGGCAAUCAUCUCCAUACGCGGCACGGAGUACGAAUGCAAGUCAAUCACUGGGGCGUCCACUAACUCCAACACGCCACCGUACGGACUGGUACGCGACGGUACACCGUGCGGUGAUAAUCUGAUCUGCGUCAAUCAGACUUGCGUCAGUAUCUUUCCAUACAUCGAUCAAACAAAGUGUCCGACGAACCAUAACAAUCUCGAAUGCUCCGGCAAUGGGGACUGUACCAACAACAAUAAGUGCUUCUGCAAGUUUGGCUGGACUGGCCCGGAUUGCUCAAUUCAGGCGCAUAUCACUACCACGUACCCGUCGCUGAUCACGUCCACCACGUCGGAAAGCACUAUCAUCAUGGAGAAGAAAACGACUCGCUACGCCAACUACCACGGCUCAAACACAGUGUUUCUAGUCGGUGUUUUAAUGUCGGUUGUUGGGGGUGUUUUUAUAACGUUUGCUCUGAUGGCUUUGUGCUACAGGUCAGUUGUAGUACAUAAUAACUUCUCCUUGUGCCUAAGAAAGAAAACGACGCGCCUUAAGUAUGACCCACCGUACGUGAAGAAACCGAUGGCGAAGUACGUUGGGGGCGCCACGGCGGCAAACCAUCACUCGCAGGACGACGUUUCACUGGAGGGCUCGAACAAGAUGAUGUUCGGCAAUCAAACAACCCAGUUCAGAGACCACAAAGCCAUCCGCCGAAUGACCGGAUCAGUCAGCGAGGACGACCCGACCCAUUCCGGCGAGGAGGAGACGGUAUCGUUCAUCGAUCUGCCACCGAACAGUCUGCUGAACAAGCAGAUGCCGGAGAAGGGCAUCCUGAAGAAGCACGGUCUCGGACUGGUGCUGGGCGACGGGACCAAAGACAAGUGGCACGCGGCGAACGAUGACGCGCAGUCCGAUAAUCUCGAAUUGAUUGCUCAGCAAGAAUCCACUAUUCCUUCAUCAGGUGGCCAGGUGGUCGUCGGAGGCGGCGGCGGCGUGGGCGUCGGCGGUGGCGUGGGCGGCGGUGUCGGUGGUUUGGGCGGACCAGGCGUCAUCGGGGGCGUCCUCGGCGGCGGUGUUGGCGGCGGUGGGGGCAUCAUUGGCAGCGGGGGUCUCGGGCCGGGCGUUGGUGGCGUGCUCGGCACCGUCUCAGACGUGGAGCGGACGAUGAAGAGCCUGAACGGCUACCACGAGGACAUCCUCGAGGCGCUCCGUUCGGCCGCGCAGGCCCAGCGGAGCAGCGCGAACACUCCAUCCGGUAGCAUCAGCGAGGAGCUGCUGCGGAAAACGCUGGCCGAGUGCGUAACCGGGUCGCAGAUCAGUGCCGCCAGCGUCCAUCCGCAGGAUCGCGAGUACAAGCGGAGCGUCAGCUCGCGCACCGGCAGCCGGGAGAACGUGUGCGAACCGCAGCCGCACGUGUUGAGCGACGCCGGCCAGACGGCAACGCUGCUCCAUCAUCACCGCCAGCAGCAGCAGCAGCAGCAACAGCAGCAGCAGCAUCAGGUCCAGCAGGGUCUGCUCGGGGACGAGGACGAUACACCCUCUGUUGGGCCGCUGCGCAUCCGCAACCUGGAGGACUUGAUCCGUCAACUGGAGCACCAUUCGUCGCGGCACAUGAGCCCGAGCGGCUCGGAAGAUAUACGCAUGUCUGAGACUGAGGCCGACCGGCACUAUAGGGUAGAUAGUUCAGCCGCCUGUAGCGAAUCAUCCCAUGGCUCGAAUCAACAACUAGCUCAGGUACAAAAAACCGCCACUAUACUGCCACCGUACAGCAGUCGCUGCCGGCCCCCACGCUCCGACGACGAGGGCCGCUUCUCGUAUGGAGGCGCCGGUGGCCCCGGUGGCGGUGGUGGCGGUGGCGUCAUGGUCGGUGCAGGCGGAGGCAGCGGCACCGUUUCCGGGACAGGGCGCUACCGGCAUCCGGCCAGCAUACGGCACCAGGGCCACCAGUCCCAUUCGCCUCACUCGCCUCACUCGUUUGCCCACCAUACGCACCACGGGCACGCGCAUGGGCACUCCUCCCAUGCCGGCCAUUCGUCGCACCAUUCGUCCCACACGCACCUGCACCAGGACGAGGAGGGCAUCUACGAGAGUGCCGACCCGGUGCAUCCGCACGCACACCCGCACGAUCGGUCCGGACUCGACCAGCGCGACACCAACGAUAGCGAAAGUACCUGAGCGGAACCGGCGUUAUUCGGCAUGCGACAACCUUGGCUAUAGUUACCAUCGGUCCCAUACAUAUGGCUCCGUUUAUGGUAACCGACCGGUCACAAAAAAUGGAGACAGGCGGAGAGUGAGAGAAAGACACAGUAAACAUCUACACAGGUGAUAGUAAGCGACAAGAAAAAUGCCGAGAAGAUAAAUCCUUAUCAAACCUAGAGCAGUGAAAUCGAGUUUCUUCAACGUCAACACAAAAGGGAAAAUAAUAUGAACGAGACAUGAAAGGAUAAACUAAAAUGGAACAGAUACCUAAAAGAAACAAACGAGGAAGCAACGUAGUAAAUUUGAUGAGAACUAUGGUAGAUAAUGUGCAUUUCAGAAACAAAAAUCAUCAAAACACCAUUACUGUUUUACCAUAUUUUCUUCGCAUGGUUUUUAUAAAGCCGUGUUCACACAGCCCAUAUCCUACAAGAAAACAUCUGCUAAACACACUUUUUGUCUACAAGGACCGGGAAAAUUGUGUAGCCUUCGAAAGACGAGCAAUCCAAGCUAUCCAUCGCUGGAUGGACAACAAGAAUCUUUUGCAAGACCGAAAGCAUGUUCGCGUUUCAACAUAUUUUUUCGAAUGCUCCCUAUGCCAAAGUCUUCUAACUGUGGUGUAGUGUGGUUUACGUAUAACAAAAUCCUCGUUUUUACGAUUUUUUUAAUUCUAUUUGUUGUAUCCGUCCUCCCUUUUCUGACGAAUCCUUUUCUGACACUUGUUUCUGGCAAAAGGUGAAAGAUUUGCAAACAAAGAUAUGACUUGUGUGAGCGUACCUUAUGUUUGUCUUUCAUUUGAUAUGUUUCUUCAAUACUGUUCGGUACGCUUUUUAUUUUAUCGUAUAUUGUCUUCUCAUCGUAUAGUCACACUUAUUUUACAGGAUGUUUCGAUUCAAUAGCAAAUGUAAAUAGCAUUAUUAAUCAAUCGCGCGAUGUUUUUCAACGACUGUUGAAAAUCGAACAUUUAACAGCUGUAGAAAACCGUUUUUGACCGAUAAAUAAUGCAGUUAAUAUUUGAAACUGUCUCGGAAACCCCUUUAUUUACAUACAUAUAUUUACCAAUACAACCAUGUAUGGCUCAUGUUUGAUCCAACAUCAUCAUUUCACCAUACUAUGUUGAUUGAAUUCCUUCCAAUACCUUAUUUGAGUCGUAGUAAGGGAAAACUUUAGUAAAUUUAUUGCAAUUAAAAAUGAAUAAAUAGCAAAAAUAGACAAAUUAAGAACAAAUAGAAAUCUAAUUGCUCAUCUUAGCCGGAGUAGAACAAUAGUGCAAACACCUCAAAACAGCCCAUUUCGUGCAAACGUCAAUUUGGUUUGAAAAUAUCGAAACGCUCAUUUGCACUAAGGACAAUUGGCCUUGCUAAAAAAGCGUCGCAACCGUGCACAAACAUACGCACACACAAAUAUGCAGCAGGCACUCAAGGGACUCUUCCGUGCGGUAAAGGUUAGGGUUACCCAUUUACUUUUCGUACCAAAGUUUGGUAGUUACUACUCUAUUCAGAGCAAUUGGUUGUAUGGCAGCGUGUCAAAAAUAUUCGCAUAUUUUUGCAUAGCCGUUACAGUAAAUCUCGACGAUUAUGCAUUCUUCUUCAAGUGAAGUAUGGGACUGUGACACUGUACAUUUGACAUAUUGUUUUACGCAACAUUUAACAAAACACGGUGUACUGUAAUUUCUUGUCGCGUGUGCAAUGGCUUUACAAAAAAUAUGUCAAAUGUUAAAGUGCCAGCCAGUCUUGUACACCGCCUCUGUACGCUGUGUGCUGUCUCAAACUGAAUGCGACCACUUUGUUGUCGAGCGCAAACCAACACAGCAUAACGAGAUGCGAAUGAAGAAAAUAAGUAAACAAGAAAGGCAAGCAACUGUCGUUCUGAGGCACCAACAACAACAAAAUGAAACAUCUCAAGCAAACAAACACAGACAAAGGGAUAAUUUAAUAACGUAUAAAAUUUAAUUAAAACAAACAACAGAAACGCUUCAGUAGAGAAUAAAAGACAGUUUGAUCGAAAAUGAAAACAGAAGGAAAAAAAGAAGGAGAUCUAUGAAGAUAGAAAGACAGAGAGAACGAAGGAUAAACAAUAAACUUAAACACAAUACUACAGUAAUUGAAGAUAUCAGUUGAAACAAGUAACUUCCCACAUCCCUCGCUGUAUCAACCCAAUCAACAUCUCCUUCUUUAAACAGAUUAACAUGAGCCGGAUGCUGCGCAACGUAAUGAAUUGAAGGCAACAACCAAAAACGGGAGUCCACAAGACGACCCUAAGGAAAGUGUUAGUUGAUAGAAGUACAACUAACGUACACGACCAUGCAUACAGGAGAUAGAGGAAGGAAACGAAGAAAACGCAUAGCCCUGAUAAUGAACUCUUAUAUAAUAAAUCAAAAUAGAAUAAUUCAUCCAGUCAUUAUAUAGAAUGCGUAAAUGUAGCACUUGUGAGCGAAAAUGAAUUAAGAAGAAGAAACAGUUGAAGACGAAAAGAGAAAACGGUCACACACAUAAGACGAGGAAUGAAAAAUUGUCGUAAACGUUAUUCUAAAUUAAUUGUACAUAUUUGUCACUAGCGUCACUAGUUAACUAGAAGUUAAGAAAUAUAGAGCUGAAAUGAAACAUCCUGUGUAAUGCUGAGGGUAAAGAAUAUAGCGAGAGAAAACUAAUGCAGAGGAAAUCAAAUUCCCAACAACAACAAAAUAACAAUGAGAACACCGAAAUAGUCGUUUGGUAGUGACGACGCGUUCGACGUAUAGUAUAAUGCAUGGGAGUAACACAUAAAAACACACACACAAACACUCAUAUGCGCACGCGCACACACACGCACACACACUGAUACAAUCAAGCAGACGUACAUCUCAAUUAUGACCAUAAUAUUACUAUCCUCUUUUACUGGCAGACCGAUAAAUACUAACACUCACAAACAUGUAAAAAGGACAACAGAACUAAUACACUGAGCAACAAUGCAUGGUUUUCCAAGUUACUUUGGUAUAUAAACAUUAUUUUCUUUCGUGGAAAGAAGUUUUUCCACAUCACUCUGAUAUUUCAUUUCCUUCGCGAUAAUUUUUAAUUUCCUCAUAAUGAUUUUUAACACUUCAAUGGAUUCAACCCCCGGUGAAAAAAAAACAAUGGCAACAUACCUUUGAAGUGUUGAAAAUCAUACUGAAGAAAUUAAAAAUGAUUGUGAUGGAAAUGCAAUAUCAGAGUGAUGUAGAAUAACAUUUUGCACGCGGUGAAAAACAAUGUUUACAUUCGAAAGUGUCUUGGAAAACCCUGUAAAACGCCAUAGUUUAAAUUGUAGCUAAUUCAUUCGAUGGCAGAUCAAGAUCACCAGGUUACAACUCUCACACAUGUUAAAACUACUUUGUUUGUACUAAAUAGUGGUUCAGUAUACGUGUUUGCUAUGUUUAUAAAUAGUUUUACAAAGAAAUCUUGGCAUUUUUUUAUUAUUCGGGCAGCUUUAAUGUUAUUUAAAAAAAUAAAAUAAUUCUUAUGUUUACAAAUUAUAACAAGAUGUUUACAAAUGCUAGAACCAGAGAUUUGUUUUAUUGCCUAAUUAACAUAUAAAUCACAUACAAAUUAAUCAAAACCCCCUUUUGUUCUAACAGUUCUAAAAGUAUAAUAAUAAUACUAAACUUUUUAGAAUCAAUAUACUCCAACACGCAUGUGUUAAUAAUAUAACAAACACGUACACAUCCCAAAUCAUAGAUCUACCACUGUCUAGCAUGACAUAUGCCGACAACAAAGGGAAUGAACAUUAGGAAACAGGAGACACACUCAAAAAUGACAAAGGCAAACCAUAGAAUCAUUUUGCACAUAUGAAAUACACCUCUCCACACUCUCGUUGCAGGUUUUUCAAAUCAUUUCCGCUGUCUUCUCGGAACAGAUGAUUGUCAUUUAAAAAGAGACUGUUAGCACACCCAGGUGUAGACACAAAACACUUUCCAUGUACUUAAAUACGUGGCUGUAAUAGUUUGAUGUAGUGAAAUACCGUACCGUUUCCGAGGCACAGUGCUGGUGGAACAGGAGCAUCUUUCAUUCUUCUUUUGUGAGAAAAGCGCAGAAGAAAACAUGUUCAUGUCGCGUGGUGAAUAGUUAAUGAGUGGUUGUUGUUGUUAAACUAGAAAACAGUGCAAGAAAUAAUGAGGAAGUUACACAAAACAGGAAGAAAACCCAAGCGAAACUAACUAAAUAAAAUCAAAAGCAAAGAAACGAAAAAUAAGAAGAAGAAGAAGAAGAAGAAGAAGAAGAAGAAGAAGAAGAAGAAGAAGAAGAAGAAGAAGAAGAAGAAGAAAUAACAAACAACAUAGCAAGAAAAUACUACUAGGGAAUAAAACGAAAUGACGUCGGUUGUAGGUUACGGUGCGAAAAAUGUAAGCGAUGAAAUGCACAUUUCAAACAUGUCUGGUUAACAUUUCGUUUUCUUUUUUUUCUGAACCUGUUCCAAAUUUUAUCACGCAAUUCAUAACGCAGCGCAAAAAUUGAUAACAUAUGAUAAAGUUGUAAGAAAAAGAAAAAAUGCAAGAAGAAAAAACAAAUCUCCCAAACUAAACAUUCAACAGGAAACUGUCAUUGAACAGAUACAGGAAUAACAAAACACAUUCUAACGCAUUAGCAAAGCACAAUAGGGGUGCACCAAAUAGGGGUUUGGGAAAGGCAUGCUCACACUAUGGACAUUGCGUUAAGUAAAAAAAAAAAGCUAGACGAACUAUCAUCGAAUAAACAACCUGUCACAAUCACACGCAUACCACACACAUAGGCACAGCAUAUACAACAUUUAAAAACCAGUGUGCUAACGUGUUUUUUAAUGCAUCGUCUCAAAGAAAAUAACAACAACAGCCACAACAACGGUCAUGUAAAUAGUGCAUAGGUGCAGAUACUUGAAAGAGAAACACAAAAGAGAAACAAUAAACUAGCACUAAAACAACGGUAAGGAGCUAACUGCCUGUGCUCGAAGCGUUAAAGAAACUGAACUUAUAUAGGUUUUGUAUCAUUUCAACGUUACAUACUUGCACGAAACAUAAGCAUAAAACUCUAUAGUUAUUUUAUACAUUUUAUAAGCUAAACUUACUUUGGUACCAACCAAGUGCACAAAAUUGCAAAUCGGAAAAUAUACUAGAUACAUCAGGAAAACGUGAAUGCUGCUCAAACGUUUGAGUAGUACACACGGUAAAACUGUAGCUCAAAGUCCCACAACCAGAAUGAGACGAAAUUUCAAAUGAAAUAAAACCCAAUUGACUUAGGUAAAGGCGAACGUUAUUGAAAAGUAGUUUAAAAAAAAGAGCAGGAGAUUGAAAAAAAAUACAGAAAACAGGCAUUCUUACUCGACUGACUCAAAAGGAAAUGAAAUACCGAAACUACCGCUAGACAUACCAUAUACAACCACACCCAGAAACACACAACCACGUAUCAUGCACAUUUGUAAAUCUAAAAUGUCAAACAGGAAACCGAACAGACAAAACGCAUUUUAUGUUUAUCAUAUCAUAAUGGGAAAGGAAAUAGACUAACACAGAAAAAAAAUCAACUGUUCAUUGAAACUCCUCACACCCCUUUUCCGACAAAGAUCGUAACGUCUGAGCAGCAGAAGGCAAAAAGAGGAACAAAACAAAAACAAGCAACCCCACGACGUUCGUUCAUACCAAACUAAUGCAUGAAAGCACAUGAAAACAAAAGACAUGGAAAAACUAUAAAGCAAGCAAAGAAGAAAAUUGAGCGUUACAAGGUAAUCGAAGAGAAAGCAAAGGAAAACAAUACUCUUGUUAAGCAUUGGAAGAAGAACAAAAAUUACAUCUCACAUGAUACUGCCGUUUUUUGGACAAAACAAACAAAGGAAGAGAAAAAGAAAAUACAACACAUCCAAUCACUUUAUCAAAGAAACACAUACACACACAUUGAGGUAGGUAAGAAAAAAAUGUGGAAAAAUAAAACAUAUUUGUUACAUUAUUCCGCUAUGUGUCAUAUUAUCUCCAAGCAUAAGUUUUACUCGGUGACUCAAGAAAACGAAAAAAAAAAACAAAAACAAAAACAAAAAAGCGAUUACUAAGA